UUCCUGCAGAUGUUUUCUUCUCCAUUAGUCUGGCGCUGAUGGUUGCCAGCCUGUUGGAGACGCUGUUCAUCACAAACAUUCAGUACAAGCCCAGAGAGUACAGCGCAGUGCCUCACUGGCUCAGUGUCCUCGUGUUACGUUAUCUAGCUGUUCUUGUUUGUAUCCCUCCAAAGGAAAGGAGCAACCGAGUCACAGUCUCCCUCAAUCCAUCUCACAAAGCACCAUCAGCGAACACAAGCGCCACAAGCCUCUCAGACCAUCAGAGCAUCUCAGAUGUUACACUUUCAGGAAAAGCAGCUCCAGCUUCUCUGGACUCUCCAGAGCCAGUUGUGGAACAACUGAGGAUGUUAGGCAGAGAGCUCACAGCUAUCCGAGUUCAGAUGGACAAAUACUGUCAAGGGACCAAAGCCACGCAGGAGUGGGAAAUGAUCGGGACAGUGAUCGAUCGUCUGCUGUUUGGCUUGUACAUCAUCUUCAUUUUUGUGAGCUUUAUCACAAUAAUAAGCAUCUGGAUAUGGCAUAAUUCAUUUGCUACAUGA